UUCUCAUGUCCUUAACUUGUCUUCUUUUACUUUACUAGUCUACUUGUUUUGCAAGGCAAUCUCAUUUCGAUUUGUGUAGAACAAUUGAGAGAAUCCUUUCUAAUAUCAAAACCCUUCAUUGUUCAUCCCCAUUAUCUAUCAAUCUACAAACAUAAAUUAAGAAUCACAACCAGAGAGUACUAGUAUAAUUUUACUUUACAAAGACAACCUUCUUAUUAUACCCUUUUAUCAAAUCAAAAUUCUUUCUCAUUUACUCCCAAAAUUCUCUGAAAAAACUCUACAAUGGCGACUCCUAAUCGUGAAGCAAUUGACACUUUCAUGGGCAUCACCGAUGCUCCUGAGUCUGUCGCUAUACAAAAACUCCUGGAAUAUGGUGGCAAUCUCAAUGAGGCUGUCAAUGCAUAUUUUAGUGAAGGAGAUAGAAAUAUUUUGCAAGAAGCCCCUAUCACAGGUACUACCCCACCAAAUGAUCUCAUGGAUAUAGAUGAUCCUCAUGUAAUGGAGGCUCGUGAUCCUAUACCACUAUUAUCAGCUACGAGAGGGAUGAAUCCCUUUUCUCAUCUUGAUUCAUCCUUUACGGAGAGUCUAUUGGAUAGUGGAAGCCUUUUUAAUACCAGGACUCGGCUCUUCGGACGUGCCCCAUUUGUGUCUCAGCCAAGAGAAGUUAGGGAAAUUCCCAUAGAAGUCAAGGAUGGUGGCAAUAAUUUUGCUGUUUCUUCUGGUCAUGGUCCCAGGAUUGAGGACGUUACAGACAGUGUUGAUACAGAGGGAACUGAAAUACGUGGAACUGUCAUUCUUGAGGAUGAUGAUGAUGUUAUGCCAUCAAGUUUGGGUGGCAAUACGGAUGAUGUCAGACCUAGUGCACCUCAAUUUGAUGAAUUGCCAGAAUAUGAUAAUGAUAUAGAGGAAGAAAUGAUUCAGGCUGCCAUUGAAGCUUCCAAAAGAGAUGCUGAACUCCAGAAUAAUCAAGGCUUGCAUGAUGCUGACCCGCUACAGAGACCAUCUCAGCGUGACGAGACAGCAGAGCAGGGGCAAAGAGUGACAAAUCUCAAAGCUGGGGUAUCUGGUGCAAUUGCCAAUGAGCCUAUUGAGGUGGAAGAGCUAGGGAGACUUGUUGAACCAAACAGCAGACAGGGUAUUGGUAUUUCAGAGUCAACUCAUUACACAAAAGAAGCUGGGAGUUCCUUCAUCCAAGAGGAAGUUGAUGAGUUGGAUGAGCUCCCACUGGUUAGAAAUAGGUCAAGACGCAGGGCUCCAAAUAUGGCUCACAGAGAAGUAGGAGAAUCAGAAAUUAGUCCCAUUCCGAAUCCUCCACAGCCUACCGUAACUGGCCAGUCACAUCUUAAUGGAAAUGAAUUCCCAGAGGAGUGGGGAGGCAUAUCCUCUGAGGAGCAUGAUGAAGCAGUCAUGCUGGAGGCUGCCAUGUUUGGUGGAAUUCCUGAGAGGGGAUACCAUGCACCGUAUGCUCCACAUCAACUGAGGCACCCUGACGCUGAUGCAAUCUGGAGAAUGCCUCGCCCUCCAUCACCAGGAUUAGUUGCUCAGCGUGCAAUUCGGGACCAGCAGGAUGAUGAAUACCUUGCUGCAUUACAAGCUGAUAGGGAAAAGGAAAUGAGGGCAGUAGAAGAAGAAAAAGCAGCUAGGGAGGCAGCAUUGGAAGAACAGAGGAAAAAGGACGAAGAAUCGCAGAGGAAACUCGAGGAAGAACAGGAGCUUGAGAGGCAACUGGCUGCAAAAGAGGAGUCUCUUCCCGAGGAACCAUCUGCUGAUCAUGAAAAUGUUGUGACUCUUCUUGUUAGAAUGCCUGAUGGCAGUCGACGUGGCCGCCGGUUCCUCAAGUCUGAUAAAUUGCAGUCUCUCUUUGACUUCAUUGAUGUUGGCAAAACCGUCAAACCCGGCACUUACAGAGUGGUAAGGCCAUAUCCACGUCAAGCAUUCGGCAAUGAAGAGAGCAAGUUAAGCUUUAGGGAGCUUGGCUUGACAAGCAAACAAGAAGCUUUGUUCUUAGAGUUGGUUUAAAGAUGACACAUGACACAUGAGACCUCUGUUGCUUGGACAUUUUACUACCUCGAGCGUCUGUCUGUGUUGGAUCCUUGACACUUAGACAUCUGGCAUGGUGUACGAAUCCGAGGAACAUACCAUUUAGACCACAAAAUUUGUAGAGAUUGAAAUUCCAUAUUUUUAUCCAUUGGGUUAAGUAGUGGAAUAUGGAAAGUUUAUAUGUUUAUCUUUUGACUGCCUACUCCCAUAGUCCCUCCCAUGUGUCUUUGAGCAGGAAAUGGAAGAGGUUCAUUUGGUUGGAUUAUAAAUAACUCUAAAUGUCUGCUAUCUGCUGCAUUUUGUAUAUCAUGAGGCGCGACGGCGCCUAUAAGAAAGAUAUCCAAUUCUACAUCUAAUCAUCAAAGUAUGUUGUUUUAGAA